AUGAACUCGCGAUCUGUAGCGGCGAUCCGCUAUGUGGACGCCGCAGAGCUGUUCCAGUGGAUUAAGCGCGGCACCACGGGCGCCGGCGAGCCCUUCCAGGUGAUAGACGUGCGAGGCAGCGAUUAUAUAGGUGGACAUAUAGUGAACGGGUGGAACUACCCAUACCGCGAGCUGCGCGACGGCGGGGCGCGGAUGGAGGAGCUGAUGCAGCGGCUGCGAAGCGCCGCGGGUGCCGCGGGCGCGCAGCCGAUCAAUUGCGUGUUCCACUGUGCGCAGUCGCAGCAGCGCGGGCCCUCGGCCGCGAUGAAGUUCCUGCGCAGCGUGGCGGACGAGGACCUGGCGCGGAUGCGCGUGUGCGUGCUGCGUGGCGGGUUCAACCACUGGCAGGCCGAGUACGGCGAGGACGCGAGCGUGACGGAGGCGUACGUGCCGGACCUGUGGCGUAUGUAG